CCUUGCCCACCGCUGUGCCGCCGCCGCCGCCACCGCCGCCUCCGGCGAUCCCCAUCCAUCCCGCGAGCGAGCAGGGCGCCGUCGCUCGUCCUGCUGCUUCCGCCGCAUCCACCCUGGUGAGCACAUCCUCCGCCACCACCCCCUGCUCCGAUCCCCAUCCAUCGCGCAAGCGAGCGGAGCGGAGCGAGCGAGCAGGGUCGCCGUCGCUCGUCCUGCUGCUUCCGCCGCAUCCCUACCAAGUAAGAGAGUAAUGGACAGACCCUCUUUUGGUGUUCACAGGGCGGAGUCUUCCCAUCAGCAUAUGAUGGCAGGACCCGCUACUUUAGAUCCUCAGCGGGCUGAAGCGGCAAACAAGCAUGUGAGAGCACUCAAUAGCCAGUUUGCUAGCUGGGUACAAUCACAGUUGCAAAAUCAUCCAGCCGAACUUUGGGAGGAUGGCAUGAGGGACUACAUAUCCCAUGCUUCUGAAAUAAUGGAAAAAUUCAAGGAUGUUGUCAAUUGGAUUAGGCAAAAUAAAACAGGUUCAGCAGUGGUGUUGUCCCCAGGUCCACCCAAUGAUGAGAAGACUAUUUCGCCGGCAGCUGUAGACAGCAAGUUUACGGUUCAAUCAAGCCCAGAUAAUGGGCAGAAAGGUCCAGUUACAGCAGCUAGCUCCCCAGCAUUUCAGAAUUCAAGUUCACCGAACUUGUUUUCGUUCGCUUCUCAUCAAAAAACGCCAGCCUUUACUGGCAUUUUUGGUGACAAGAAAAACAUGCCUGGUGAUAGCAACAAACCGAGUUUCCAGUUUGGUGCAAAUAAUGGCUUUUCAACACCAAGCAUGCCAUCCAUUUUUUCUGCUUCGGGUGCCCAGAGUUUUAGCAUGCCAUCCCAGACACUGUUUUCAGUUAACCAACAGCCAGCUAUCUCAGGAAAUAAAAGUGCAGCUGAAGCUUCAGGUGAUGCAGAUGAAGAUGCUGAACCUGAACAACCUAGCAGCCCUUCUGUAAAGAAGGCAGAAGAGAAAGGAAUCGUUGUUGUUUAUGAAGCCAAAUGCAAGGUGUAUGUUAAGCAUGAUGAUCCUGCCAAUGGUUGGAAAGAUAUUGGUGUUGGCCAGCUCAACAUUAGGUGUAAAGAGGGUGCCGAGAAAGCUUCCAAAGAGUCCACUCCAACUAUUGUUAUUAGAAACGAUGUGGGCAAAAUUCUUCUGAAUGCUCUGAUCUAUAAGGGGAUAAAGAUGAAUGUUAAAAAGAGCACGGUUGCUUCGAUAUUCCAUACCUCAGAUGGACAGCCAAGUGAAUCUGGCAGUGCUACAGUUGUAGCUCGAACAUACUUGAUCAGGGUGAAAAAUGAUGAGGCGGCUGCAAAGUUGUCAGCAGCAAUUAUGGAGAAUGCGCCAUUGGAAUGAUUCUUCUAUGGGUUAAAGCACUUUAAACCGUGAGUAAUGCAGUGCUUGGGGACACUUGUAGCCAACUUAAACUGCGGCGAGCCAAAAGAUGCCUUGCACAGUUUUUUGCCCUCCCAAUUGCAGAGCAAAGUGCACGGAGAAAAAAAAAUCCGUGUUGCUCUUGCUCGUGAGCUGGCCAGCCAUGUACUAUUAUUUAUCGGCCAUGUAGUAAGGUCACCUUUAGUUAUGGCACAAAUCAGAUGGUUGAACACCUGCGGGCUGCUAGCCUUGCUAGUCUUCAGACUUUGUGCAAUCGAUGUACUACUAUGUGCAAACACAUUCUCCUGUGUAAAACAUCGCCGUAUGCCGUUAAAUUUUUGUAACAUUUGUUAAAUUCAUUUCUAUCUUUUGACUCUUCCUACAGGAGAUGUAGGAUGUUUCACGAAUAUGAAAUUUGAAAUUGCGUUC